AUGGAUUAUAACAAUGAAAAUAGUAAUCAAGACAAUAAUAGUAGUGUAAUAGAAAUUAAAACAAUACCAUUACCACUAAAUAAUAAUAAUAAUGAUAAUAAUAAUAAUAAUAAUAAUAAUAAUAAUAAUAAUAAUAAUAAUUUACAAGAAUUUAAAACAAAUUUAAAUCAAGAAGAUGAAAUAAAAUAUUCAAACUAUAUAAUGUUAUCACAUUUUAUAACGAGAAUGGGUGAUAAAACAUUUGAAUUUAUGAUACCACUUUUUCUAAUUUAUAAAUCACCAAACUCAUUAUUACCAGUAUCACUAUUUGGAUUAUCAAUAACAUUUGUAAGAAUUUUAUUUGGAAGUACAAUUGGAGAGAUUUGUGAUAAAUAUAAAAAAAUUCAAGUAAUUAAACUUGGUAUUUUUGGACAAGCAAUUUCAGUUGGAUCAAUAUUUUUAAUAAUAUAUUAUUUUUUAAAUUUUAAUUUUAUAUCAAUUGAUAAUAAUAAUAAAGAAAAUAAUCAACUACUAAAUUUAUUUUCAAAUAAAAUCAAUAUAUUAUUUUUCUUUUUAUUAUUAUUAUUUUCAUCAAUACAUUCUUUAUCUGGUUUAUUAAUGGAUAUAUCAAUUGAAAGAAAAUGGACACCAAGUUUAAUAAAAAAUAAUAAUUUAUUAAAUAGAGUAAAUACUUGGAUGAGACAAAUUGAUUUAGGUACUGAAGUAUUAGGACCAUUUUUAGUUGGACUUUUAAUGACAACAUCCAAUGAUGAUGAUAGUAUUGGUGGUAAAGAAAUUAUUUCAAAUAAUCAUUCAACUUAUUUAAUUAUAACAAUUUUAAAUUUCUUUUCAUUUUUCCCACAAUAUAUUUUAUUAAAAAUAGUUUAUGACUUGGUAUCAAAACAAAAUUUAAUUAUUUUUGAAGAUGAAGAUGAAAUUAAUAAUAAUAAUAAUAAAAAUAAUAAUAAUAGAAAAUAUUUAAAAUUUACAGAUGGAUUAGAUUUAAAUAAUAUUUUAAAUAAUAAUAAUAAUAAUAAUAAUAAUGAUUUUAAUAUUUUUAAUAUUUUUAAAAAUUUGGAUAAUCCAAUUUCGACAAUUGUAAAAGGUUGGAAAUUAUUUUAUCAACAAAUACUAUCACCACAUGAUGUAUUGAUGACAGCUUAUUUAUCAAACAACAAUGGUACAACACCAAGUGAAUUAAGUACAUUUAGAUUAUUGGGUGCAUUAUUUGGAUUAGGUUCAACAAUGUUUUUCACAAAUUUUGUAAAAUUUUUAAAUGGAAAUAUGAAUUUAGUUGGUCAAUUCUAUAUUUUUGAAGAAGCAAUUAUGAUUUUAAUUUCUGGUUUUUACUUUUCAACAACAAAUUAUAAUAAUGAUAAUAAUUAUAAAUUACUAUUUUUAGGUUCAAUAAUUUUAUCAAGAAUUGGAUUAUAUGGUUUUGAAUUAAGUGAAAUUUAUUAUGUUCAAAGAAAAGUAACUCAAACCAAUAGAGGUAUUAUUAGUGGUGUUGAAUCCUCGCUAACAAGUUUAUCAACUUUAUUUGUAUUUUUAAUUUCAAUAAUUUUUCAUAAAAUUGAAAGUUUUUAUAUAUUGGUAACUUUUUCAAUUAUUUCUAUUAACUUUUCAGCUCUAAUUUUCUUUUAUUGGUGUAAAAGAAAUCAACAAAUUCAUCAACAAAUUGAAUAA